UUCUGGUCAUUUGAUAACAUUUCUGCUGCACCCAGGACACGUCUCUCUUCCUUAUCCUAGCGUUCAGUUGAAUAUUGCUGCCUGAGGCCUACAUCCUGUCUCAACACACCAUCUUCAGCUGCCUGGGCCAUGGCUCCAUUGUUCAACUUGAUGCUGGCCGUCUUGACCAUUUUCGUUGGAUUGUGUCUUUCAGAGUUUCCAUCUAAAGUGCGGCUAGUGGGAGGUGCCCACCGCUGUGAAGGGCGAGUGGAGGUGGAAGUCAAUGGCCAGUGGGGGACUGUGUGUGAUGACGGCUGGGACCGGAGUGAUGUGGCUGUGGUGUGCCGGGAGCUCAGUUGUGGAGCAGCUAUCCACACCCCACGUGGUGCAUCAUAUCAGCCACCAGCAUCCGAAGAACAGAGAGUUCUUAUUCAAGGGGUUGAAUGCAGCGGGAUGGAAGACAAGUUGGCUCAGUGUACACUGCAUGACGACGUUUUUGAUUGCUCGCAUGAAGAAGAUGCUGGGGCACAGUGUGAGAAGUUUCCAUCCAAAGUGCGGCUAGUGGGAGGUGCCCACCGCUGUGAAGGGCGAGUGGAGGUGGAAGUCAAUGGCCAGUGGGGGACUGUGUGUGAUGACGGCUGGGACCGGAGUGAUGUGGCUGUGGUGUGCCGGGAGCUCAAUUGUGGAGCAGCUAUCCACACCCCACGUGGUGCAUCAUAUCAGCCACCAGCAUCUGAAGAACAGAGAGUUCUUAUUCAAGGGGUUGAAUGCAGUGGGAUGGAAGACACGUUGGCUCAGUGUAUGCUACAUGGCGAUGUUUCUGAUUGCUCGCAUGAAGAAGAUGCUGGGGCACAGUGUGAGAACCCAGACAGUGACCUCCUCUUCGUUCCAGAGACUGUACGUCUAGUAGAUGGCUCAGGGAGCUGCCAGGGUCGAGUGGAGGUGCUCCACCAGGCCCAGUGGAGCACUGUGUGUAAAGCAGGCUGGAACUUAAAGGCUUCAAAGGCAGUGUGCAGGCAGCUGGGGUGCGGGCGGGCACUUCUGACCCACACAUGCUGCAACAAGAGUACUCAGGGCAAAGGACCUAUCUGGAUGGGCAAGAUGUCAUGUUCUGGACAAGAAGCAAACCUUCAGGACUGCCCUUUUAGUCGUUUGGAGAACAACUGUACCCAUGGGGAGGACACAUGGAUAGAAUGCGAAGAUCCCUUUGAGCUGAGGCUGGUUGGGGGAGACACCUCCUGCUCUGGGAGGUUGGAGGUGCUGCACAAGGGUUCCUGGGGCUCUGUCUGUGAUGACAGCUGGGGAGAAAAGGAGGACCAGGUGGUCUGUAAGCAACUGGGCUGUGGGAAGCCCCUCUCUCCAUCCCCCAAAGCCCGCAAAAGCUACGGGCCUGGGGCAGGCCACAUCUGGCUGGAUGACGUCGCUUGCUCAGGGAAGGAGCUCUCUCUGGAGUUCUGCCGGCACAGGCUGUGGGGGUACCACGACUGUACCCAUGAGGAAGAUGUGGGGCUGAUCUGCUCAGAAUAGUAACCCCGGACUUGGAUGCGUAAGCCUGCUUGUUCAGUUGAGCCUUGAUUCUCCCAGUGGUUACAAAUCUGGCUAUGGGCUUUAGCCAACUCUCCCUCAACCUAUCAGGAAUCUGAACAUUGUGUUCCUAUCUUGAUCUCAGGGUUACAAGACCCCAUAAUCACCUCAAGAUAUGAGCUGCAGAGCUCCCCUCCUGCUGACGUUUCCAGUUGCCCUCUGCUCACUGUCCACUCCUUGGUGAUGGUUCUUAACUGCCUCUCCCUAGCCUGCCUGCAACUCUUGGGCCUGCCAGAGUGGCCAACUAUACAGGCCAUGAGUAAGGAGUAAGGCGCAGCUGGUCUGUGAGCAACACUGAAGAUGUGACAACAUGAGGAUCAUUUGAGAGGGAAUGUUUUGGAGGCUGGGGAGAAAAUACAAUUGUUUAAAUGCUUUUUAAACUUUGUAACUAGUGAAGUGAUUGUAACAAUAACACUUCACUACUCUGCUUCCUCUCAGAGAAAGUAGCAGAGUGGUUUCCUGCGGCCCUCAAAUGUUACCUGUGGAGUUCUAGAUGUCUACCCAAAAUCCCCAUGUUUAAAGUCUGGUGUCUAAUGCAACAAUAUUCUCAGGUAGAGCCUUAGGGAUGUGACUGCACCACGUGGUUUGAUCCCUCAGCCCUUAUGAGUGGAUGAAUCACUGGUGAAUCAACUACUGGGAGAUGGUAGAAACUUCAGCAGUUGGGAACUAGCCAGAGAUAGAAGGUCGUUGGAGUAUGCCUUUAGAAGGGGAUAUUUUGUCCACAGCUUGACCACCUCCUAGUGUAAAUGGGUUGCUUGCAUAUCUGAGCUACUGUUGUGAAUUAUGCUAUAAUAAACACAGUGUUCAGGUAUUUCUUGGUA